UUAUAUAUAAGAUUUAUUUGUUUACUUAUUUCAUUUUACUACUAAAAAAAGAAAAUGCGAAGGCCUGAGGAGGCUCACAUUGAGUAGACCUGGGAAGUGUGGACACCAGGGACGCCACAGCCCUCUCUCCAGGCCCUGUAAGACACCCUUUCCAAACUCAACUUCAGGACCGUAUGGGUUUUGACAAAGCCUCUUGGCAAAACCAAGCCAGGUCCUAAACUACAGCUGAAUCCUAUGAAGACAGGACGUGCAGCUGCCCCAUUUCCAUUCUUAACUGUGGAUGAGCAGAACCCCGGGCCGGAGGGUGAGGAAACAGGGCAUGAUAAAUAACUAAGAGCCUGUGGUCACAACUCCCCCACUCUGGCCUCACAAGAGCCUGGCUCUACAUUAGGGACAAGUGGCAUGCUGGGCAUGUUUCUAAGGACAGAACCUGUGUGAUACUCAGUCUCCGCAAGGGCCUGAUCCUAAUCAAGAGGAGAAAAGGCCUGACCAGAGUCACACGAGAAGUGACAGCUAGAGGCCAGGCGGUGGCCACAAGCUCCUUGGACAGCUUGACUCUUUGGUGGUUGGUUAGACAUGUGUUCUUCAGGUACAGAAGCGUGUCCUCUCAAACAACAGCAUUGGUGGUUGAUAGUCACAAACUGUACGUAAGAACAUAUUACCAUGCGGAAUGAGAAUGACAUUUUUGUGAUUAAUUCUUCUUCCUAACAGCUGGCUGUCCCAACUCCUUGAUUAAAGAGCUCCAUCACUUCAGGAUUCUGGGAGAAGAGCAGUACGACCGGUACCAGCAGUACGGGGCGGAAGAGUGCGUGCUGCAGAUGGGCGGCGUGCUGUGCCCCCGCGCCGGCUGCGGAGCGGGGCUGCUGCCUGCGCCCGGCCAGAGGGAAGUCACCUGCGAAGGGGGCAGCGGCCUGGGCUGUGGGCUUGUCUUUUGCCGGGAGUGUAAGGAAGCGUACCACGAUGGGGAGUGCAGCGCCCUGUUUGCAGCCUCGGGAGCGGCGGCUCAGGCCUACAGAGUGGACGAAAGAGCCGCAGAGCAAGCUCGCUGGGAAGAGGCCUCCAAGGAAACUAUCAAGAAAACCACCAAGCCCUGUCCUCGCUGCCACGUGCCGGUUGAAAAAAAUGGAGGAUGCAUGCACAUGAAGUGCCCUCAGCCCCAGUGCCGGCUCGAGUGGUGCUGGAACUGCGGCUGCGAGUGGAACCGCACCUGCAUGGGCGACCACUGGUUCGAUGUGUAGCUGGGCGCCGGCCGCGCCACCGCAGAGGGACACGCACAGCCUCCUGCCUCCAUCUGCCACUUCCUUUCUGAAUACACACACGCGCACACACGCACACUUCAAAUUUCCUUUCUGAAAUCACAAAAGCAAAUGAACAGAAACUCCUGUACCCUUUUCACUGUGUCCGUGGAAAACAGCAGAGCCAACUGCGACGCCGGCGGGAGGCACUUUCAGGCCUCGGGAACUAGAGCACAGAUGACGGUGCCACGCGUGUGUCCUGCGUGUGCCGCCAUUCUCAUGCGGAUUCGCAUCAGGCUGGGUCAGUGUGUGGAGAGAGAUUUCUCAGGUUUAAUUUUCCUGCAUUUUACCUUCAGUCAAUACUGUGAAGAAACCGCCAGCUAGGGGGGAAAUAGUUUCAGGGACUAUUGUCAGUGGCUCUCAGUAAGAUUCUGCAGUGCACGCUCAAACCAUAUUCAUGGCUUCAAGAGCAACGUUCUUAUUACAAUAUUCGGAGAGCAUCUGUUCCCAAAGAGCCGCAGGCAAUAGUCAAAAAUAUUUGUUUAUCCUCAAGAAUUCUAUCUUUAUAAAAUUACAUUGGUGAAAUAUCAACUAUGCAUAAAUCAGUUUGCCGACUAAGUGAGAAAUGACGAAAGUUUAAUUUGAAUGUUGCAUGUUUGAAUUACAGGGAAGAAAUCAAAACUCAAUGCACUUUCAUUCCGUUUAAUUAUUUGCAACUUUAAGAAGAUACUGUUUUUCUGAAAAUAUUACAAGAUCCAUAAUUUGAUUUUAAGUAUUCAUUUUGCAGCUAACACAUCUGACUCCACUAUAAAUUUAAUGGAUAAAGGGCCUACAAAGGAGAUGUAUUUAGAAAAGAUUUCAUAAUGAUAUUCCAUCUUAAGAAAAGUGCACAUUAUUAAAUCAGAAGCUUGAAAGAGGAGCCUUUUCAAGACUGUCAGGGUGAAAGAUUCCUGACUCCCUCCGUAAGUGGGGGGCGCCACUCUGCCUACCCACGCUGGCCCCUGGCCUGCAUGGCCGAGAGCCUUGCACACCCCGGGGGCUCCUCCCAGGAGAGUUCGUUCUUCGGCCAGUAAGCCAGCUCGAAUAUUCCUCACGUUAGCAUGGAUUGAAUUGGAGUGCUGAUCAAAUUUUCAACUUUUUUUCUGAGAUACUCACAGCCCAUCAGAAAGAUUAACACUGGAUGUGGCAAACCGCAUUCCCUCCCCCCUCCCCGCCCCCCGCACGUGUGCAGAUAGUUGAGAAAGUACAACCACUAUCUGUUGUUCUCAUGAGCUGGUGGCUUCUCAGGGAGAUAGUGACCGUGACCGAGGGCACAAUGAGACCCACUAGCGCAUGGAGUCCCUUCCGGGUGUAGGGUCUCGGGGAAUUACGGAAUCGGGAGCAGGGCUUCUCUUUUCAGAUGCAGCUCCUGAAGUCCUUGCUGGCAGGGAGAGAGGGGACAAACUCAGAAAUUUCCCAGGUCACUUCCCAAAGACAUCUCUCCAUCUUUCUCUAACUGCUUCCGACAGUCCAUGUGUUCCAGCCACCAGGGACUGUCCUUUCCUCUCAGGGGCCCUGCCCCAGGCCAGGCAGGGUGGCCACAUCAGCACUCACGGCCCCCAGGCUCCUGGCACGAAUGCACCUCCUCCAGCACUGCCCACUGCC